GGAUCCACAGUUUGUCUGGUUAUGCUGGUUUGUGAUGACAACUACUGUACAGUAAAUAAUAAAUAUUCUUUUUUUUUUGUUCAACAAUAAAUGUGAAUUUUUCUUCAUGGAAAAAUAAGACAUCCCCUGAAAAUAAGACCUAGCGCAUCUUUGGGAGCAAAAAUAAAUAUAAGACACUGUCUUAUUUUCAGGGAAACAUGGUAGAUCUGAAGACGGAUGUGGAUUAUUGAAAAGUUAACCUACAUUAUUCAGAGAAAAAGAAUUGAAAAAUGCCCAUUGGUUAAUGUUGACCAUCCCUUUGCUUUUCAGUGGAGCGAUUCUAAACCUUCUCCAUCCUUGGAUUUGUGACCAUUCUUGCUCUGCAUGCCGAGAUGGAGCUCUUGGGGACGUGCACUGCUCUCCUGGUCAUCUGGAUCUCCUUCUUUCUCCUUUCUGCCACCUGGAAGAGCAAGAUGUACAGAAAAGCGAAAAUGCCCCCCGGCCCCACUCCGCUGCCCAUCUUUGGGAAUGUUCUGCAGCUAAAGGGCAAAUACUGGGAUCAGGAGUUCUCCAAGAUAAGUGAGAAGUAUGGCCCAGUGUUUACACUUUAUUUGGGGAUGGAGCCUGUUGUGGUGCUGAAUGGCUAUGAUGCCAUCAAAGAAGCACUGAUUGACCAGGGCAAUGACUUUUCUGCCAGGCCAAAACUACCAUUGGCAGAUAAACUCAACAAAGGAGGAGGUAUGCAAAAUACCCAAUCAAAGCACUCCGACUAUGAACAGGCAGCCUGCGUUUCGAAACUUCCAAAGAGGAGACUCCACCACACUCAGAGACAGUAUGUUGCAUUCCUUUUCAAUGCCUUCCCUGCCUUCAUGGAAUGGGUUCCAGGACCCCAUCACCACAUGAUAGCAAACUAUGACAAAUGCACAGAACUUGUUUUGGAGGAAGCCAAGGAGCACAGGGCUACUCUGGACCCCAACUCACCUCGGGAUUUCAUCGACUGCUUCUUUAUCAGAAUGGAUCAGGAGAAACAUGAUGAGGCCUGUGAGUUCACCAUGGAGAUCAUGGUUUCCUGCUGUAUGGACUUGUUUGGCGCAGGAACCGAAACAACCAGCUCCACACUUAAGUAUGGUCUCCUGAUCCUCCAGAAGUACCCAGAGGUUGAAGAUUCCCUGGAUAUUUGUUUCUUGACACUUCACCUCAUCCAUCUCCUGGCAGAGAAAGUCCAGGAAGAGAUUGACCGGGUGGUUGGCCGCUCCCGGAUGCCCGGCAUGGCUGACCGCAGACAGAUGCCCUACACAAAUGCUGUUAUCCAUGAGAUCCAGAGGUCCCUCUCUCUUGUUUCACUGUCCCUCCCCCAUUCCGUGGUCAAAGACACACCAUUCAGAGGAUACAUCAUCCCAAAAGGUACCACAAUCUUUCCUGUUCUGACCUCGGUGCUGCAUGAUGGCAAGGAGUUUCCUAACCCCACAGAGUUUGACCCAGGACACUUCUUGAAUGAGGAUGGGACCUUCAGGAAGAGCGACUACUUCAUGCCCUUUUCAACAGUGGUUGCAAAGUGA